CUCACGUAAACAGACGGUGCGCGAGGACAGCGGGUCAGGAAGUUCGGAUGGAGCCGAGUUCGGACAGGCUGGACGCAGCGACUGUCGACUUUAGGGGGAGAAGAAUGGUCCUAUCCCACAAUGAGCACUGUCAGGGAUGGUGAUAUUGGCACCUUUGGCCCAGAGCUGCCAGCCAUGUUUGAUGGCAUGAAGCUGGCUGCAGUGGCCACUGUCCUCUACAUCAUCGUCCGCUGUCUCAACCUGAGGAGUCCCACUGCACCACCAGAGGUCACCUACCAGGACACACCGCUGAGCCGCUUCCUGCUCAAGUCCUGCCCCACGCUAACCAAAGAAUACAUUCCACCCUUGCUCUGGGGGAAGAGUGGUCACCUCCAAACUGCCCUGUAUGGCAAGAUGGGGCGUGUUAACACUCCAACGCCCCGUGGGGUCCGCAAGUUUCUACCUAUGCAAGAUGGGGCCACGGCAACCUUUGACCUCUUUGAAGUGCUUGGGGACCACAGCACAGGGGGCGACAUCACCAUGGUAAUCUGCCCUGGGAUUGGUAGCCAUAGUGAGAAGAACUACGUCCGGACCUUUGUGGAUCACUCCCAGAGGCAGGGCUACCGCUGUGCCGUCCUCAACCACCUGGGAGCGCUGCCCAACAUAGAGCUCACCUCACCACGCAUGUUCACCUACGGUUGUACGUGGGAGUUUGCAAACAUGGUGGGCUACAUCAAGCGGGCUUUUCCCCAGACACUUCUGGUGGUGGUGGGCUUCAGUCUGGGGGGAAACAUCGUGUGUAAGUUCCUGGGUGAGAAUCAGUCGAACCAGGACCGUGUGCUCUGCUGUGUCAGUGUCUGCCAAGGCUACAGCGCACUCAGGGCCCAGGAAACUUUCCUUCAGUGGGACCAGUGCCGGAGGCUCUACAACUUCCUGUUGGCAUACAACAUGAAGAAGAUCAUCUUGUCACACAGGAGCAGUUUGUUUGGUGCAAGGUCAAGCAAAAUAGAAGAUGCAGACCUGAGCAGACUGUACGCCGCUACUUCUCUAAUGCAGAUUGAUGACAGUAUCAUGAGAAAAUUCCAUGGCUACAACUCCUUAAAAGAGUACUAUGAGAGGGAAAGCUGUGUACAUUACAUCCACAAUGUCACUGUGCCCCUCCUCUUGGUAAACUCCUCAGAUGACCCACUGGUGCACCAGUCGCUACUCACUAUCCCACGCACACUUUCAGAGAAAAAGCCUAAUGUGAUGUUCGCUGUGACCCAACAUGGAGGGCACCUGGGCUUCUUCGAGGGUGCUGUGCUCUUUCCUCAGCCACUCACCUGGAUGGACAAGGUCAUAGUCGACUAUGCCGAUGCCAUCUGCCACUGGGAGAAGAACCGGCCACCCUGCUAGAGGACCACAAGCACAACACAGACUCAUGGCUGCAGAGCACAGCUGUGACACCUAGCAUGUAAGACACAUGUGGCACAAACAUGUAUACUGGAGGAGGCACCUGGAAAGAAAACUGUAAAGCAACAAACAUGCGCCUACACUCUUGCCUUCUACAUCUUAACUGUCACAUGCAGUCUAUUUAGAAAAGAGGAAAUUAUGCAGAAGUUGUGUAGGUAAAAAAAAAAAGCUAAACAAGGUCCAGCACAGGUCAAAGAAAGGUAGGAAAGACUUUAGAUUACUUUAUACAACCGAGGAUUAACUCUACACUCCCAACAAUCUAGGUCAGCUUGUCCCAUUCCAUGAAUUGCUCCCUUAGUUACAGAGCAGCAGGUAACAGGUGCUGUCGUGCCUCCUGCCAUAGGAUGAGACUGAUCAGGUAGUUUAAUUUCCUAAAUGCUGCCAUUAUAACAAUGAUUAAUACCAUAGAAAUGUCCCAUAGUGUGGAAAAAUAAUUUACACAGCCUGAGGCAGUAAUUCAGGGCAGGAGAUAACAGGAAAAGCGGAUUGGAUUCAGUCUCUUUCUUGGUAAUAGGGGUGAAAGCUUGAGACCUCUGGCAGUGGGAGAUUGUGAUCAAAAAACAUUAAAAAAAAAUGUUGAUUAAGGACUUAGAGAGAUUGCUCUAUUUCAUCCAUGUGACUCCCUGACAAAGGCAUGUGAUUUACAUCUGACAGGGUUUACUAAAAUAAAUGAACAAAUCUUUGAAUAAAAAAAUGCCUUAUUAAAUGUUGUCAGAUUUUGACACUUACGACAAUCCAAUGAAGUGCUGCACAGCUCUGAUAAUCACAGAAAAGUUUCCUAAAUAGACUUUAAUGUACUCUUUCAAGGGUGCUUUCCUAUGAUUAAGAAAUUAUCAGAAGCUGUUGGUGCAGUGCACUCCUCGCGGCUUGUACACUAAGAUUAUUUCUUAACCUGUUUGACUCCACUGGGGUUCAGGAUGUUCACAUGAUGGCCUGCUGAUUGAUCACUAACCUAGCGUGGUUUUUUAUUGGUGUAGAGCUGCAUUGUUCAUCAUUUUCUGACAUUUUAUUAACCAGACAACUAAUUGAUUAAUCGAGACAAUAAUCGACAGAUUACUCAACAAUGAAAAUUAUCAUUAGUUGCAGCUAUAUACUAGUGUUUUGUUUGUUGUUUAUUUGUUUUAGUCAGCAGGGCAUAUGUAAGUUAAUGAAAAAAAAUGUUUGGGGCUACUUGCAUAUUAAUUUGAGCGAAAUAGUUUUCCUCUCAGUCAAUUGCACUUGCAUUACUAAGAAAUGCCAACUGGGGACUUUUGUCAAUUUUUCAUUUUUUUCAUUAUUAGAAUGUUUUGGGCAUUUCUUCUUUAUUAGACCGGCACAGUAGAGGGGUAAUAUGCCGUGAAUUUCUAACAACCCUCAGCCUGCCGUUUAAAAGGUUAGCACAACUUCCACCAGCACUACUACUGCCUUUCCUUCUACAGUGAAUGUUAUAUACAUCUCCAUUUUGCCUUUACUCUUUUGUACUGGAUGAAUUAUUUCAUGGCAAUGUAAUAUCAGCAUAUUGAUGUGCUGUUAAUAGUCUUAAGCAUACAGUGCUUUGUUUUGAUAUGUUACAUGUUACAUCACAAACAAAUUCUGUUUUACCUUAUCCAUUAAUAAAUCAUUUUCAUAUA